AUGCAAGAACCUCCCAUGAGGCAGAUACAAUCUGUUGCUGGGAACCCUUUGAUUUGUAAAAACAGUCCACCUGAGAUUUGUGCAGGAUCUAUCAGUUCAAGUCCUCUUUCUGUUUCUUUACGCUCCUCAUCAGGACGUAGAACCAACAUAUUGGCGGUUGCACUUGGUGUAAGCCUUGGCUUUGCUGUUAGUGUAAUCCUCUCUCUCGGGUUCAUUUGGUACCGUAAGAAACAAAGAAGGCUAAUGAUGCUUCGCAUAAGUGACAAGCAAGAGGAAGGGUUACUAGGAUUGGGAAAUCUAAGAAGCUUCACAUUCAGAGAACUUCAUGUAGCUACGGAUGGUUUUAGUUCCAAGAGCAUUCUUGGUGCUGGUGGGUUUGGUAAUGUCUACAGAGGAAAGCUUGGGGAUGGGACAGUGGUUGCAGUGAAACGACUGAAAGAUGUGAAUGGAACAUCUGGGAACUCACAGUUUCGUACUGAGCUUGAGAUGAUCAGCUUAGCUGUUCAUAGGAAUUUGCUUCGGUUAAUCGGUUAUUGCGUGAGUUCUAACGAAAGACUUCUUGUUUACCCUUACAUGUCCAAUGGCAGCGUCGCCUCUAGGCUUAAAGGUAUUCAUAAAUCUGGUUUUUGUUAG